AUGGCUUCUUUCAGCUCUACCCGACGCGAAGAAGAUUCGGUUCUGGUACAACAAAAUUUGUUUGUGAGGACAUUGACAUUGAACAGGCCACGGCAAUUGAACGCGCUUAACUUUGAAAUGAUUUCUCGUCUGUUGGAACUUUUUCUGGCUUAUGAGAAGGAUGAUAAUGUCAAGCUGGUGAUUGUCAAGGGGAAAGGAAGAGCAUUUUGUGCAGGUGGUGAUGUAGCUGCUGUGGUUCGUCAGAUUAAUGAAGGAAAUUGGAGAUUAGGUGCACAUUUUUUUCAAAAGGAGUUUACCUUAAACUACUUGUUGGCAACAUACAGUAAACCUCAGGUUUCAAUUCUGAAUGGAAUUGUGAUGGGAGGUGGGGCUGGUGUUUCAAUACACGGAAGAUUCCGUGUUGCAACUGAGAAUUCGGUUUUUGCAAUGCCAGAGACAGCUUUGGGACUCUUUCCCGAUGUAGGUGCCUCUUAUUAUUUGUCCAGACUUCCUGGAUUCUUUGGAGAAUAUGUUGGUCUUACAGGUACCAGAUUGGAUGGUGCUGAAAUGCUUGCAUGUGGUCUUGCUACUCACUUUGUUCCAUCAACGCGAUUGUCUUUGUUAGAAGAAGCUCUAUACAAAGUUGACUCAAGUGAUUUUGCCAUUAUUCAAGCAAUUAUAGAUAAAUACUCGCAGAAUCCAACUCUGAAAGAGAAAAGUGCUUACUAUAAGAUGGAUGUUAUAGACAAGUGCUUUUCUAGAAGAACAGUAGAGGAAAUUUUAUCUGCCCUUGAGAAGGAGGCUACAAACAGUGCGGAUGCUUGGCUAACUUCAACAAUUCAAGCACUGAAGAAGGCAUCGCCAAUGAGUUUGAAGAUUUCCUUGAAAUCAAUUAGAGAAGGAAGGCUUCAGGGAGUUGGUCAAUGCCUUGUUCGUGAAUAUAGAAUGGUUUGCCAUGUUCUGAAAGGAGAAGUCAGCAAGGAUUUCAGAGAGGGCUGCAGAGCUAUACUGUUAGACAAGGAUAAGAACCCAAAGUGGGAGCCUUCUAAAUUGGAGCUCGUUACUAACCAUAUGGUUGAGCAGUAUUUCUCGAAGUUGGAUGAUGAAGGAUGGGAAGAAUUAGAACUUCCUGCAAGAUCAAACUUGCCUGUAACUGCCAUUGCAAAGCUUUGA